AAAAUCCAUAUUGAGUAAAAGCACAUCGAAAAGAAACUGAGAAAAAUGGCAAGCUUAACUUUAAUCGUCUCCCUCCCAAAAUUUGGUCAUGCUGGAUCAGCAAUUGUUAGGAGAAGCACUUGGAACCCUAGGCUGUUUGCGGCCUGUACUCCAAGACCUAUUCAAGCGAGUUCAAAUCCAGAGGCUUCAUCACCAGCCACUGAUGCACUAAAACAAGGGGCAAAUGAAGCGAAGAAGACCGGUGAAACUGUCAAAGAUAAGGCUAACUCUACUGCAGAACAUGUGAGCCAGAAUACAAAAGAUAUGGCAGGCAAGAUGUCAGCAACGGCCCAAGAUGUCACUGAGAAGGUGAAGCAAACAGCACAGGAAGCAUGGGGUUCGGCCAAAGACACAGCCCAAAAGGCCAAAGACAAUGUGCUGGGCAAGACUGAAGAAUCAAAGGAAAGCAUCAAAGAAAGUGCAGAGGCUGUGAAAAACAGCAUGAAUACCAAGAAUUGAUUCCAUAGUUUAUUCUAAGAUAAUUAAUUUUUAUUUCUACAAAUAAGAUGUAUUGGUUUGGUCUUUUGUAUUUCAAUCUAAGGAUUUACUUUUGAUUUGUUUUCAUGCCAUGAAAUUGAGCAGCUGUGCUCUUUCACGUCCCAGAUGUAAAACGAAUUAUUUCUUUUUCAAGUGUUAAUAAAGCUUUAGUCAUCUAUUA